GAAGUGAGUACUUCAAUACCGAGUGCGCUAGAUGUUACACCACAAAGUACUGCAACACGUAUCGCUAAUGAUGCACCUGAGCAGGUAGUACCUCACCGUAGUGGAAGGGUUAUUCGGCAGCCCGAACGGUUCAUGGGUCUGGGAGAGUCUUCUGAGGCCGUCCUAGACAUUCUUGAAUCUGACCCAUGGACAUACAAUGAGGCACUCCAAGAUCAGGACGCAGAGUCUUGGCAAAAGGCGAUGAAAUCUGAAAUAGUUCGGGCCCAGGAGGCUCGUGUAGCAGCAGCAGCGGCGAUGCCACCACCACCACCACCAGAUCUAACACAAGGGCAAGGAGGAGUGCUGGCGCAAGGAGGAGUGCCACCACAGGCAGCCAUACAAGCCCCCGACCAACAAAUGGUGGCGAUGACCCGAGAAGAGAUGCAGAGGAUAGCGACGGCCGCGGCGGCGCAGGCGGUGCAGCAAGUUGCGAGUCAUACAUCUCAUGCCACCACUGCGCCGACCAGUGUGGCCGAGAGCCAGGAUGAGAAUGUGUCCAGUUAUGGAGAAGGAGGUGCUGGAAGAGAUCGGGCAAUGGAGAGGAUGGCGGAGCAGUUGCGUCAGCUGCAAGAUAAGGUGGAGGGGAGGCCAGAGAGGAGAGCUCGAGGACAACCCUUUUCAAGGGAGAUUCUCGCUGCUCCUUUGCCAAACAAUUUCAAGGAGACCCACUUGGUGUAUGACGGGUCAUCUGACCCAUCGAGGCAUGUGAGGACCUUUGAAAAUAUGGCUGUGUUGCAUGGGUACUCUGAUUCUGUUUGUUGCAGGGCAUUUUUAUCGACCCUACGUGGGGGAGCACUCGAUUGGUUUCAUCAACUUCCACCUGGGUCGAUCGCGAGCUUUGAGGAUUUUACUGGCAAGCUUAUCAAUCAAUAUUCGAGCGCGGUGGUGCAGGAGAAAACGUAUCUAACUUUGAUGGCAAUGAGGCAGGGGGAGAAGGAAUCAUUAAGGAAGUACGUUGCCCGAUAUAACCAAACAUGUUUAGAGGUGCACUCGGCUUCGGACGAGGUGAAGGUGGGUGGAUUGAUAAGGAGUCUUCGAGCAGGGCCUUGUCGAACUUCCCUAGCAAAAACCCAUGCUCGAUCAUAUGAGGAUGUGCUGAAGCGGUGCAGGAAGUAUAUUAACUUGGAGAAGAUGGAGAUGGAGUUUGCAAAGUUGGAAGGAGUGGCUCGACCAGA